AUGGCAUCCUCUCCAGGAAAACGGGUUGUUUUCACAGGAGGCUCUGGAAAGGCCGGACGUCACUGUAUACCAUACCUCCUAGACAAGGGACAUCAAGUCCUUAAUUUGGAUCUGAUCGACUUUCCGAAAGACCAUAUACCUGCUGGCAAGAACGUGUACACCAUGAAGUGUGAUCUGACCGACGGGGCCCAAACAUUCAACGCCUUGUCCUCGCUCUUUUCGAUGGAGGAGUACGCUCUUCCAAAACACCCCGGUCCGCCCGAUGCCGUCAUUCAUUUUGCAGCAUACGCUCGGAACAUGAUCGUACCUGACAGCGAGACUUUUCGCGGCAAUGUGAUGAGCACUUAUAACGUGAUUGAGUCAGCUUGCAAACUGGGCGUGAAGAAAAUCGUCAUUGCCAGCAGCGAAACAACAUAUGGUGUUUGCUUCAGUCAGGGUGAUGACGAUUACCACUCAUUCCCCCUGGACGAAGAUACCUAUGAUCGCAAUCCCAUGGACACAUAUGCUUGCAGCAAGCUGACGGGAGAGCGCAUCGCACGCACUUUUGCCCGCAGAUUUGGAACUGAUAUUUAUGCAUUGAUCAUCGGCAAUGUGAUUGAACCACAUGAGUACGAAAGGGACUUUCCGCGACACGUCGGGAAGCCGGAAACGAGGAAAAGGAAUGCUUGGAGUUAUAUCGAUGCCCGAGAUCUGGGCCAGAUUUGCGACUUGUGCAUUACAAAGAACGGAUUGGGCUUUCAAGCAUUCAACGCCACAAAUGACACCAUUACCACCACGAACCCGACAGAGGAAUUUUUGAAGAAGGCAUGCCCCAAUACUCCGAUCGUGCGAAAGAUGGGUGAGUGGGAGGCGCCCCUGUCAAACAAGAAGAUUCGAGAUGUUCUAGGAUACAAGGACGUCCAUAACUGGCGCAAGUACUAUACUCAUAAAGAGUCAGGCUAG